GCAAAAUAAAAUGAUCAGAGUUGCUCUUUCGAAACAGGCGGGAUUAUUCUUGAAGAAAAAUGGAAGAGAAGCAGUUUCAAAACAUUUCGACAAAAUAAUCAUACUUACAAGUCAUCAGUGUGCCACGUAUUAUCAUUUAUUUAAAUUACUUAUAAACCCGCUGAUGGCCGAAAGUCGUACUUGCCAAAGAAGAAGAAGAAAUUACUUUCAUCGCUCUUUCAACCUCGUUGAUAAAUCCGUGAGACAUGAUGUUAAAUCGUAAACGACCACUUCGGACUUAUGAGAGAAAAGCUACUAAGAAGCCUUAUAUAAAUCCAUUACUAUCUCCUGUUGUAUUGACUGAAAAGUAUAAUCCUGUGUAUAGUAAUUGCUUCGAUGAAAGUGGACUACGCAAUGAAUCCCUAAAUAAUGAUCCAUUCGAAUCGACAUUCGACAGAAUUGCCAAAGGAGCAGUAGUGCCUCCUAUGCCAUUGGACACAAAUGAAAACAAUUCAUGGAAAAGUAGCAGUAGUGAUAGCGAUGUUGUCAACUUAACGAAAGCUUUCAAUCUUUUCACAUAUAAUGACUUAAAUACAUGUAGCUCAUCACAUGUGACAUCGAAGUUAAUGAAUAGGAGCAAUAAAGUUGUUCGUAAGUGCAAUAGACCGCGAAGAAACAAGUCAAAAAUGGUGAUUCAUACUGAAAUAGUAAAUAAGAAGUCACCAGUAAAGCCAAAAGAUAAAAUACAGAUAACAAAAAAGCAGGAGCAGAAGAGACAAAGAAAUAAGAAAGAAAAAAUGCAAUCAAAGUCCAAAAAGUCUAAUCACAAUGAACAGACAUCCCAUGCAAAUUCUGGUGAUAUAAAUAGUUUGGAGGAUACAUACAAAAAUGCUUUCAAAUAUACUUCCAAUUACCAACAAAAUAUCAAACCAUGUUUUGUUGAGUUAGAUGCUUGCAUUGUUCAAAAUUAUAUAUUGGGUUGUAAGAAAAUUAUGGGAUCUAUGCAAGGUACACAUUCUGAUGUAAAAUUUUCACGUACAGAUACUUUGCACACUGAAAAAGAUAUUUCCAAAGAACAUAAUGCUACUAAAAAUUUUAAGGAUUUGGCAAUUAAAGAAUGCUUUGUAACAUUGUACGAUAAUAUUAAGAAUCAGAAAUUAAAGACUAAGGAAAGUAUAAAUGAUCCUGUUGAUACAAAAAAUAAGUCAAACAUAUCGCACUCAACUCUUUAUAAUUCAUCUGCUUCUUGUAAUACUAAUGUACCAUGUGAUAUAAAAAGGAAUAGAGGAGAAUUAAUAAAAGAUAGCAUCGUAAAGAUGGAAAGAUUAAAAAUAGACGAAUGUGUAAAAAAAGACAGCAUGGUAUGUAAAGAAAAAAAGGGAUACUUAAUUUCUAGCACUCCUUGCAAAAAUUACAUAAAACCUUUCACUUGUUUGGCAUCAAUCUCCCCUAUCAACACUCGCAACACGCUACAGCAGAAACUGGAAUGUUCGAUUUCAAACGUAGAAGAGGAUUUCUCCAACAUUGUCCCUUCCGGUCAAAAGAAUUCUCCAUUGAUUAUGCAAUCAAAGUGCAAUUUUGACGCUAUGGAUAUAUAUGAAAAUCCGACGCAAAUUUCGUCAUGUCGAGAAACGCAAACUCUGGCAUCUUCGGUGUUAAACAAAACGACGUCCUCUUCCUCCUCCGAGAAAGAGAACAUUCAUACAGCACCUACGCAGGACGACAUUUAUACAGCAUUUACGCAGGACAACAUUCAUACAGCGCUUACGCAGAAGUGUAACAUGGAUUGCAAAGUGAUACUGGACCCAUUAUCGCAUUCUUUGAACGUCUUUUCUGUCGCAGAUUCUGAUAAAUCAUUGUUCAGUGAUACAAAGCAUGAUUACUCGUCGAAGAAUAUAAAGGAAUGUAAAAUAGAAAAGGCACAUUUGACGAAUAAAUCAACAGACGUCAUUGUGGAUUCAUCUGUUGAUUUGUGCCGAAUAAACGAUAAUGGAAAUAUCACGACUGCGUCACCUUCCAAGACAUCUAUGAUGAAAGAUUUCGAAGAUUUAGAUAAUAUCACAUACCCAGAAUACGGCAGGGCGAUGCAAGAAGAAAUCAGUACCAGUGUUCAUGAGAAUUCAAAGAAUGAAAUUGCUAAUAGUGAUAAAGACAGCUUUCUCUGCGAAGAUAAAAAUAAUAUCAACAACUCGUUGCUCGCACGAUUGCAGGAUUCGAUCAGAGUUAUGGGAAGAAGAAUGCGGUAUCUCAAGUGGAAUUUGAGCUUUGAGUCAAAUAUCUGUGAAAAGUCAGACGAUGAAAAACCCGCAGAAUCGAAGAGUCAGAUGUUGGCUGAAAUUCGCGACAUUAAAUCGGGAAUAAAUAAUUUCGAUAAAUUGGGGAUAAAUAAUUUCGAGCAUUCCAAGCAUGCGAUAAAGAAACCCCUCGAUCAUGUCGAAUUGCUGGACUAUACCACUCAAUUGAACGAUGAUGCAAAUAAACAAGUUGAAAAGCAUGUUUUUCUAAAACCAGGCAAGCAUUGGGCUAGAUCUUUGUCGAUAUUAAAUCACAUAAACGAUGGAUCUGAUUUGAACAAAUUGAGCUGCGGAAAAGGAAAGAGAUGGAGACAUAGUGUCAGAGAUAUACUGGACAUGCAGAAGCAAGGAAUUUUCCAAAGCUGCUUGAAAAAAGAAAAGGAUGACGCGGAUCUGUCCACAGAGCUUGAUACAUCGAGUAUCGUAUCGUCGUUCGACGAUGACAAACGUAAAACAUUCAAUUCGACCAACCAUGUUAGAUUUUCCAAGAGGAUCUCGGUGCGAGUCGUGCCUAAUAAUACUACUAGAUGCAAGAUAGAAGACACUUCGUUUCUUGAGGCAUUUGGGAUAAAGUCAGAAGAAUCUCCGGACUUUGAACUAUCGCCUUGUAAGGAAUCACCGACACGUGAUAGUCGAAUUAUCAGAUGGCAUUCUACAACUGCGAGGGACGUCGUCUUACAAAGAUGUUCGCAAACCUCUUACUUAUCUUUUUCCUAUUGUUUUCCGGAUUCAUACUUAGAACAUUGCCGCAAAAUUGGUGAAGGCGUUUACGGAGAGGUCUUUCUUUAUGAACGCCUUGAUAAAAGAUCGGUUAUAAAAAUUAUCCCUAUAGAGGGUGAAAAGUUGAUCAAUGGCGAACCGCAGAAAAAAUUCCAUGAGAUACUGUCUGAAAUUGUGAUUACGAAGGAAUUGGAUAAUCUGAGAUUAAAUACUACGUACAAAACUAGCGGAUUUGUCGAAGUACGAAGUAUCAAAUGUAUUGAAGGAAAAUAUCCGGAAAAGCUCAUAGAACUGUGGAAAACUUACGACGACAACAAGACAUCCGACAAUGAUUGUCCAUCGAUAUUUGAUGAGAAUCAAUUGUACAUCGCUCUCGAACUCGGCGAUGGUGGAGAAGAUCUCGAAGCUUUUGUCUUUCAAACUGCAGAGGAAGCUUGCGCUUUAUUUUUACAAACUGCAUCAGCAUUAGCAGUUGCCGAGAAGGCACUCGAAUUUGAACACAGAGAUUUGCACUGGGGUAAUGUAUUGAUAUCGAGUACAAAGGAACCAUAUGUGUGUUAUAAUAUUGACGGGAAAGAGAUCAAACUGCCUAGCAAAGGUGUAAAGGUAUCGAUCAUAGAUUUUACUCUAUCGAGAAUGUUGUAUCAAGGAUGCUGCAUAUACAACGAUCUUGCAUUGGAUCCAGCCUUAUUUACCGCACACGGCGAAUAUCAAUUUGAUAUUUAUCGUCUAAUGCGCGAGAAAAUUCAGAAUAAUUGGAAUAAGUACGAACCGUACACGAAUAUCUUAUGGUUACAUUAUACUUUGGACAAAAUGAUCACGGCAGUGAGAUAUAAAAAGAAGAAUUUAAAAGUACAUAAACGCGCUAUUGUCAGAUUGAAAGAAUUCAAGGAUAUAAUUUUAAAUUAUGACAGUGCGUUUGAUUUUGCGACCGAUUCCAGCGUCGCGCAUUUAUAAUGUAUGUUUGCAAGGAGAGAUAUCUCAUUGACGAAUCAAAUUUUACUAAACUUUGAAGAUAUUCUGAAACUUUCGUAUAGAUAAAUAACAUUGAAGAUAUUCCGAAACUUAUGGUAUAGAUAAAUAACAUUUGUGGUAUUAUAAGACUGAACUGUAAUUUCUAUAUAUAAUAAUUACUAAUUUUUUUAAACUUA